AUGGCCCGAUCAGCUUGGCUUCCCCUUUUUGUUCUACAUGUCCAACUAUUCUUCAUGAGUUUAUUUGCGUGGCCCACAAGCCAUGCAAUUUAUGAUACUGUUGACUCCCAGUUGGCGGUCGACGCUGGCACAAGAACAAAUAAAACCUCGAUCUUCAUAGGGAGAAAGAGGGUCUUCGACUUGACCAUUACGUGGGAGAAUUAUACCCCAGAUGGUUUUACUAGGAAGAUGAUGCUGGUCAAUGGACAAUCGCCUGGUCCCCUCAUCGAUAUCAAUGAGGGAGACAGAGUAUCUGUCACUGUUUUUAACAAUUCUCCAUUCAACACGACAAUUCACUACCAUGGAAUAGAAAUGGCCGAUACUCCUUGGUCAGACGGCGUUCCAGGAGUAACGCAACGGCCGAUAAGACCGGGUGGCAGUUUCGUUUACGAGUUCAAGGCAACUCAGUAUGGUAGCUAUUGGUAUCAUUCCCACUUCCAUGGCCAGAUCGAAGACGGGCUCCUCGGCCCCAUAUUGGUCCGUCCAAGGAGAGACAAGCUUAAGCCAUUUCACCUGAUUUCAACAGAUGUCAAGAUUCAAAGACGUCUGGAGGAGGCCGAACGAGCAAUCAAACCACUUCUUGUGUCUGAUUUUACGCAUCUGACAUCCGAUGAGAAAUGGAAAAUGACACAGGAGGCUGGCAUAGAGAUCUCAUGCUAUGACUCUAUCCUAUUUAACGGCAAGGGGCAUGUUCAAUGCCCAAAUAUAAACGACUUGAAUAAGCACCUGAGCCAAAUACAGCGAGAGUAUUUGGGCACAGUACCAGGAGCAUCAAUUACGGACAAAGGCUGCCUCCCUGCUUCUGCGUUGAUCAAGUUUGGUGGUGGUAGCGGUGAUGAGGACGCAUUACCCAAAACUGUUUUUUCGGGGUGCAAAACAACGAAGGGUUCAAUCGAAACUAUCGAGACACGAGAACCGGAUGAUAUAAUAGGCGAGUGGGCCGCUAUCGACAUCAUUGGAGGCUUCAGCUUUAUCACCGCAGUUAUGUCCAUCGAUGAACACGACAUGUGGGUAUAUGCCGUGGACGGCUCCUACGUUGAGCCACAAAAGGUCCAAGCGAUAACUGUGUCCAAUGGCGACCGGUAUUCGGUAUUUGUAAAUGUGAAGAGUGCCGGAAAAUUCAAGAUUCGCUGCAGCUCGGUCAACAUAGCCCAAAUCCUCAUGGGACACGCAAUACUAUCAGUCGGUAGCAAGAACAGCACCAGCGUCUCUACUCCUCACAUCGAUAUAGCCGGGAGGCCUACCUCUCCAGAAGUCAAAUAUUUCAACCAAGAUAUUGCAUAUCCAUUUCCGCCUGAGUUUGUUGCUGCCAAAGCUGACGCUUUCUUUCCGCUCAGCAUGCAGGUGGAUGGUGCUUCUUACCUUUGGGCUAUGAACCACACGCGGCUAAUGCCCACGGAUAUUGAUGCAGCUGUGGAGCCUGUACUCUUCGGGCCAGCUGUUGAUAGACAGAACAAUGUUACUAUCACCACCAAGCUCAAUACCUGGGUAGACCUUUUGUUUUUUACUGGCAGCGAGCCUAUGCCUCCGCACCCGAUUCACAAGCAUGGGAACAAGAUGUUCCAAAUUGGGUCCGGAAUAGGCCACUUCAGAUGGAACUCGACCGAAGAGGCAAUCAAUGAUAUACCAGAGAAUUUCAACCUGGUCAACCCCCCCAAAAGGGAUGGGUUUGCGUCGCUAACCGCGUUCGGCAAUGUGACUUGGAUAGUCGUGAGAUAUCAUGUCACGAACCCUGGGGCUUGGCUACUACAUUGCCAUAUUGACAAUCAUCUUCAAGGUGGCAUGAUGAUGAUUAUCCAGGAUGGAGUUGACCACUGGCCUCGGGUGCCAGACUAUUACCUUUCUUAUGGACAACACGAGUAA